AUGCACCUGGCGGGCCGGGCCGGGGGGGCGCUGUGAGGGAAGAUGAAGGCGGCGGCCAUGUUGGGAGCCGCGGGGCGCGGGCCGUGUUGAGCGCUCCGCUGAGGGCUGUGCCGAGGGUUCCGCUGUGUGGGGAGCGGCGGCUCGGGGCGGCAGGCGGACAGCGCCUACUACGACUCAGGGUCGGGCUUGCUUGGCUGCUUGUGCCUGGCAAGGGGCCCUCGGCAGCGGCGAAGGGGUGUCCGUGACCGAGAAGCAGCGCCAUGAGCGGGGGGACGCCCUACAUCGGGAGCAAGAUCAGCCUCAUCUCCAAGGCUGAGAUCCGCUAUGAGGGGAUCCUGUACACCAUCGACACCGAGAACUCCACGGUGGCGCUGGCCAAGGUUCGCUCCUUUGGUACAGAAGACAGACCAACGGACAGACCCAUCCCGCCUCGCGAUGAGGUCUUCGAGUACAUCAUAUUCCGUGGCAGCGACAUUAAAGACCUGACUGUCUGUGAGCCACCAAAACCUCAGUGCUCCUUGCCACAGGACCCUGCUAUUGUUCAGUCUUCACUAGGAUCUUCAACUUCAUCUUCGUUCCAGUCUGUGGGGUCCUAUGGUCCUUUUGGCAGGAUGCCUGCAUACAGUCAGUUCAGCCCGAGCCCGCUGGUGGGGCAGCAGUUUGGCACUGUGGGAGUUGCAGGAGCCUCUUUAACAUCUUUUGGAACAGACUCUUCAGGCAGUGCUAACAUGUCCCAAAGCACUGCAGUUGGUUCUGCGUUUACAACAGAUGCAAGAUCACUAAAAACACAGAUGUCUCAAGGUCGUUCAAGCCCUCAGAUGGACCAUUUGAGAAGGAGUCCCACCAUGGAACAAGCUGUACAAACAGCUUCAGCCCACCUGCCCACUCCAGCACCAGUUGGGAGGAGGAGUCCUGUACAAACCAGACCUUUGGUGUCUGCAAGCCAAAAAUCCCUAGAGAGCCAAGAGCACAGACGAGCUGAAGCACACAAGGUUUCAAGAUCAGAAAAUGAACUCAGAAAUGAAAACAAACGACAAAUUGUUCCAGGUGCACCUGCAGUACGGAGAGGCCGUGGAGGUCACAGAGGGGGCCGAGGAAGAUUUGGUAUUAGGAGGGAUGUUCCAAUGAAGUUUGAGAAGGACUUCGACUUUGAAAGUGCAAAUGCGCAAUUCAAUAAGGAGGAAAUUGAUAGAGAAUUUCAUAAUAAACUUAAAUUAAAAGAAGAUAAACUUGAGAAACCAGAGAAGCCUGUAAACGGAGAAGACAAAGGUGAUUCAGGUGUUGAUACCCAAAAUAGCGAAGGGAAUGCUGAUGAGGAAGAUCCACUUGGACCCAAUUGCUACUAUGACAAAACCAAAUCCUUUUUUGAUAACAUUUCCUGUGAUGACAAUAGGGAGCGGCGACCCACCUGGGCCGAGGAGCGGCGGCUGAACGCCGAGACCUUCGGCAUCCCCCUGCGCCCCAACCGCGGCCGCGGCGGCUACAGGGGCAGGGGCGUCAUCGGCUUCCGAGGGGGCCGAGGCCGGGGCGGCGGCCGGGGCGGCUUCACCGCCCCCCGCGGCUUCCGCGGCGGCUUCCGAGGGGGCCGUGGAGGCAGGGAGUUCGCUGACUUCGAAUAUAGGAAAGACAACAAAGUUGCUGCGUAGUCUACAAGAAAGCUACAAACCAGGUGAACGUCUAGAUCUUCUUGAAUCAGAGAAUUAGUUUUGAUCUCUGCAAAGAAUGAAGUUAAUUUGCUGUAUACUUGUCACCAGCACUGGGAUUUAACUAUUUAAUUUCAAAGGGGUGUAAUGCAGUUACUUUUGAGAAAUGGCCAUCUUUGAAAACAGUAAGCAUUAAAUAUAUUUGAGACAGAAGGAUAAGUAAUUUCUUAUGUAUAGUUAAUUAUAAGCAGUACUUCGAUGGAGUUUUAAGUAUUUUUUCAUCACUGAAAGGAUUUUUCUUAUUACUAAACUGUAUUUGAUAAUUGCUUCAAGUUGUAAGGACAAUGGUAUGCAGAAGGCCGUCGAUACUGUGAGUGUUUUGACCCACCGAAGGUUGUUUUUUGGAAAUCCUGUAAAAUCCCUUUUGAGGUAGUUGUUCUUGUAUCAACUAGGGUGCUGGACAGUAGAAAACUUGCUUUGUCAGUCAGAUAUGUACACACAGUAAAUACUGUUUCUUAGGCAAAGGAAAGUUUUUAUAUAGUUGUAAAAUUCCAUUAUAUCCCAUUGCCAAAGAAACAUUACAAACUUUGUAUAGCUGUAUAAAAAGCAACUAAUUUUUUAAAGAAUAAACAUUUUUAAGUCGGUAAACAUACUGUUAUUGCAGAAAGUUGAUAUGCUGAAGAACACUGAAUUAGUUGGGUUUUUUUUCUUUAGCAGCUUUUCAGCUUAAAUGUUUGAUUUUAUAUUUGGAUUAUAAUGAAGUUUUGAAAAUGUUCUUCCAUUACACAAAACUGGAUACACGCUUCACUGCUCUUGCAAGAAUUUGAUUGUGUAGUUUCUGGCAUAUCACAGGAUUUGACCAAGUUAAGGAGAUAUUUUCAAAAAAAGGAGACAAGGAAUUUUCAUAUGUCAAGAUUUGCAAUUAAUUUUAUUUAGUGAGAAAUAUUAACUUUUUUUAAUAAAGGACCAGGCACAUGAGUUGGUGAUUCUCUUGGAAUGCCUGGGAUAAAAGUCUGUCUCCAUUUAUCAUUUCUUGAAAAGUUAACUUUGUUGUAAUACCUGUAGACAUGAGCAAUUUAAAGAAUUCUUAGUGUUUGAAGUUGUUUGCAUUUUGAUAGACCGUAGCUUGGAGACAUUGAGACUCUGGUUCUAACACCACGAAGUCACAAAUGACAGUACGGACUUUUUGCCAAUUCUGGAUAACUAGUUGCAACUUUCUGAUAUGCUGAAAUAGAAACCUGGUCAUUUGUGUCUGUGUAUGUAUAUGAAGGCCACAGGAAUAAAGGGAUCCAAAGAUUACAUCACUUUGAUCUAAUUUGAUGAUUUUUUUUUUUUAACUUCAGAAUGUUCAGUGGUGAUAAAGAUGUGAAAAACUGCACUGUUGAAAAAUUGGAAUAUUUAAAAGUGGUUGAUAGAAUCUUAAUUUUAUAACUUUUGUAUAGCACUACAAGGAAGUAUUUUGUAAUUGGUUUCCUUAUUAAGGUCAAGUAUUUGACAGCUGUAGAAGUUAGAUAACAUUGUUUAGUAAUGUUUUUGCAUGUUUUAACAACUGCCUUUUGGGAUCCACAAGUCACGAUUCUGAACACCUGUUGAGAUUUUUGACCGUAGAGGCAAGUGCUGUCCUGUUGCAAUAACUCUUUACUGUCCGAGGUGUUCCAGCUGUAAAUACCCGGGCCGGGAUCCGCGGGCUGGGGGCAACCCCUUCGUAGCCGCGUCCCGGCCGGCCAGGCUUUCUGUUUUUUAUUCUAAACCAGAAUAAACUGUUGGUACCAGC